AUGGCUGUAGCAAUGAUCCAUUACUCGAACUCAAUAUAUGAUGCGAUCUCGUUCAAACUGAAAGCUAUCCAGAACUUAUCACAGUCACUCAGGACCGGUAGGAGGUCAAUAUGCACAUCGACCAGUCAAGUUCAGCUUGCAGCAGUAAUGAUGCUUUGUGUUUACGAUGUCUUUGAUAGAGAAGAGCACAAUUGGCACAUCCAUUUGAACGGAGCGAAGGAGAUCAUAAGGCGACAGCGCUUCACAGAUACGCCCGGUUCAAGCUCAGAUUUCCUUCUUACCUGGUGGCUAUACCACGAUGUUUUGGCUGCUUUCAACCAUCCAUCAUGCCGACUUAAAGAAAGCCCUGGUUCCGUCUCAACAUCCGCUCUUGACGCUUUCAGUGGUGAUAAGUCUCUCAUCGUGGGAUCCUUGGGCUGUUCUGUUGAAGUGCUUGAGAUCAUUGAUAGAAUCAACAUGAUGCGACUACACUCCGCACAUGAUUGUCUGAGCACCUCAACGCUGCGAAGGUGCGAUUUGGCAAUGAAGCUUUACAACAUCCGACAGUUACUUGCUCCCAUUGAGAGUUCUUAUAGUUUGAGAGCACAUCGCAUUUUGGCUAUCGCUGAGUUGUAUCGCCUAGCGACACUGCUCUAUCUCCAACGCGUUCAUCCCAUCGCGGAGGACGAUUUCACGCGGCCGGUUUACGUACAACAAGCCCUGGAAGUCUUGAAAAGUCUAGGUGUUGCAACCAGUCCAUGGCCAGUGUUUGUCAUCGCAUGUGAAGUCGAUGAGCAAGACCGCGUCAGCAUUCUUCAUAUCCUUGACAGAAUGUACAGUGUGAGAAGCAUUGGCAACAUCAAGGUUCUACGCGAUGUUAUUGAGAGUAUCUGGAAACAGCAGGAUCUUCGGAGUAUUAGAAAAGCUGGCCAGCGUGUCGAUUGGUUGCAGUUUGUCGAGUGCGAUGUUCCGGUCCCAUGGUUUAUCUAG